CCAUGUGGUAUCCCUUCUUCUUGUAUCUCAGGAGUAGGUUUAUUUUGGUUUACCCUGUUCCCGUGCUUCCGCCAUUAGACACAGAAAAAUCAACACUGGAAAUGGAAAUGCUAAAAAAAUAAAGCCCCCAGAACAUUUAAUGAAAACUGGAGUCUGCGGAUUGGACGACUGUGACCGUUUAAGAGGUACGGAUCUAGAGCACCCUGGCGGGCUGCGUGUUCGUUGGUUAGGUGAGCAGGCGGUGGGAGGGGAAGGGGGCACUAGGAGCUCAGCUCAAGUGAGGAUGACUGAUCAUCAGCCCAAGUGGAGCUGUGAGUAUUGCACUUACGAAAACUGGCCGUCUGCAAUCAAAUGCACCAUGUGUCGUGCUCAAAGACCCACUGCCCCCAUCAUCACCGAGGAGCCCUUUAAAAGCAGCUCAAGACUGGACUCCCACCUAUGCCCCACCCCAGAGGGCUCCAGUGUGCUCAUCUGCCCAGAUUCGAGUGCCCGGCCUCGGGUGCGCAUUGUUGACGAACUACCUGAGACAACCAGCAAAUGGUCAUGCCACAUGUGCACCUAUCUGAACUGGCCGCGGGCCAUCCGCUGCACGCAGUGUCUCAGCCAGAGACAGCAGGGCCCUUCCGAGAGCCCGCAGACCUCCGAGCUCAGCUCCAGACCCGCCCCUGCCGUGGAUCCCUGCGAGGAGUACAACGACCGCAACCGGCUGAACACACACAUACAGCACUGGGCGUGCUCUGCCUGCACCUAUGAGAACUGGCCCAAGAGCCUCCGCUGUGUGGUGUGUGACCAUCCAAAACCCAGCGGGACGCCCGAGACCGAGCAGCAGGAUGCUGAGCCGGAAAGCACCACAUCCCUGCCCGUGGCCAACGAGCAGGACAGGACCACGGGGGGAGGGGGGGGCAGUGGGAGCAAGGUGGGGCAGAGGAAGCUCUCACCUCCCAUCUCCACGGGGCAGGCGGAGGUGCAGAUCGAGCUGGCCUCCGGGGCGGAGGGCACCGAAGACGAGCAGGAGAAGGACUUCAAAAAGCUGAAGCAGAUUAGGAACAGGAUGAGGAGGACGGACUGGCUCUUCCUCAACGCCUGCGCAGGUGUGGUGGAGGGUGACCUGGCUGCAGUGCAGGCCUAUAAGUCCUCGGGUGGAGACAUCGCACGUCAGCUGACCUCAGACGAAGUGCGCCUGUUGAAUCGGCCAUCUGCAUUCAAUGCCGGCUUCACUCUGGUGCACCUCGCCAUCCGCUUCCAGCGCCAGGACAUGUUGUCUGUGCUGCUCACUGAGGUGUCUCAGCAGGCUGCUAAGUGUAUUCCAGCCAUGGUCUGUCCUGAGCUGACAGAGCAGAUCCGUCGUGAGGUGGCGUCUGGCCUGCACAGGCGGAAGGGAGAGUUUCCCUGCUACUUCCUCACUGACAUCACCACCUUCACACUACCAGCAGAUAUUGAAGACCUGCCCCCUAACGUCCAAGAGAAGCUGUUUGACGAGGUGUUGGAUCGAGAUGUACAGAAAGAGCUGGAGGAGGAGUCUCCCAUCAUAAACUGGUCACUGGAACUUGGCACGCGAUUGGACAGCCGUCUGUAUGCCCUGUGGAACCGUACCGCAGGAGACUGUCUGUUGGACUCCGUCCUACAGGCCACUUGGGGCAUCUACGACAAAGACUCCAUAUUGAGGAAGAGUCUGCAUGACAGCCUGCAUGACUGCUCACACUGGUUCUACACCCGUUGGAAGGAGUGGGAAUCGUGGUACUCUCAGAGCUUUGGCCUGCACUUCUCUCUCCGAGAGGAGCAGUGGCAAGAGGACUGGGCAUUUAUUUUGUCACUGGCCAGUCAGCCUGGCGCGAGCCUGGAGCAGACACACAUCUUCGUUCUGGCUCAUAUCCUGAGGAGGCCCAUCAUCGUGUAUGGCGUGAAGUACUACAAGAGUUUCCGCGGGGAGACGCUGGGCUACACUCGCUUCCAGGGUGUGUACCUCCCCCUGCUGUGGGAACAGAGCUUUUGCUGGAAGAGCCCCAUCGCCCUGGGUUACACACGCGGCCACUUCUCUGCCCUGGUCGCCAUGGAGAAUGAUGGUUAUGACAACCGUGGUGCAGGUGCUAACCUUAACACGGACGAUGACGUUACGGUCACUUUUUUGCCCUUGGUGGACAGCGAGAGGAAGCUGUUACACAUCCACUUCCUGUCUGCACAAGAGAUGGGGACCGAGGAGCAGCAGGAGCGCUUGCUGAGGCAGUGGUUGGAUUGCUGUGUGACGGAAGGCGGGGUUCUGGUUGCAUUACAAAAGAGCUCACGGAGGCGGAGCCACCCACUUGUUACACAGAUGGUAGAGAAGUGGCUGGACGGCUACCGACAGCUGGAAAACUGCCCAGCCCUCUCUGAUGGAGAGGAGGAAGAGGAGGAUGAAGACGAAUGAGAAGUGGAGUUCUCUUUCCAGUGAAACUUGGCACACUUUGACCCAUAAUGUACCAUUAUUUAUCCCUGUCGUACUUACAUACACAUAAAUCCUAACCAGGUUCUGUUAAGCAAACCAAUGGUCUGUUCUCAUCAUUGCUGCAAGAGAUUUGGGUCUGUGAGGAAUAAACGAAUUUAGGUUAUGACUGGUACAUGCUUUAAAAGUAUGUCCCUAGUUUUAUUCCAGUUAUAAAUUAUAUAUAUAUAUAUAUAUAUAUGCUAGUGGUAAGUGAGAAAGAAAUAGGAUAUUCUACCAGAAGGUCUAUCAAGGGCACUUAAGCACACUUCUGUGUUUUUUUUUUUCUUCAGUUCUGUUUAAAAAUAUGACUUUUUAAACUUUUAAUUGUUGGCAAUGCUUUCCAUAUGCUUGUACAUACCUCUACACUGAGAUCAGUCCUUUAUCUUCAUCCAAUUACCGAGACAUAUUUACCUAACAGUUUGUGAGCUAUAGAAAUGAACACAAACCUACUGCAGUGUGCUAUCGAUUUUGUCCUUGCUUAUAAAUAAGGAAAUCCAGUGCAAACACUAAGGCCCAAGGGUGAGCCAUUGGGCUCUUUUCAAACCUGGUUCUGCCAGGAUGGAAGUCCCAGAGGGACCAUACAUUCACACUCUUCUAAUGCAGUUACACUAUCUUAAUGUUUCUACAUACCGUUACACUCUUAGGUGUCUAGCCAUAAUUGCAUUCAGAUCAGCUUUUCUGAUCUCGUUUUUUUUGGGGUUUUUUUUUUUUUAUGUCCUCUGGAUAUGUCCGUUAUUACAUUCAGAGACUGAAACCAAAGUGAGCGCUGGUCUGUGGAAUGCUGUAAGGCUGCCUUUGCUUUGUGUUGCUCUCCUACUGCACUGUUUCCAUCCACUCAUGACCAGUCUAGCACCUCCCCUGCUCUUGUGUGUUUGUUUACUUAAUAGUUGCCAUCAAAUUACAAAUGGUGUUAGAACGUUGGCAUCUUGGAUAUACUGUAUGUCUCUGAUGUUUGAUGAGGUGGAGACCAAAUCAUUGAAGGCUUUUAAAGAGUCAAAUGUCCAACAUGAAGCUUCUUUAAAACUUUGUUUUGAAAAGCAGUGUAUCAGUUCUUAACACACACCAUCUGUUAGCACUAUCUUUUUCAGUGUAUGCACACAUGCAUACUUGUGUUAAAGAUCCCCUGCAACAGGAAUAAAUGUUUUAUAAAUAACUCCUAAAA